UCACGCCUGUCACUUUCCAGACCAUUAAACACGUUGGACAUCCAGCGACUGUGCGCAUUUGCAUUUGCAGCCCACCCCCCACCUCCCCCACGCGCCUCCAGUAACGGGAACCGUAAAUCUCCGAAUGGGGGGGGGGGUACUUACCAUAAAACAUAAUCAGGAAUAAGGGAGUGAGGGAGGGAGGCGUUCCAGAGAGCAUCAAAACAUCAACACCAUGUCGGUGGCGUUCGCUUCGUCUCGACCCAGGAGCAAAGGGGAGGUGACCCAGCAGACCAUACAGAAGAUGCUGGAUGAAAAUCAUCACCUGAUACAGUGCAUCAUGGACUAUCAAAGUAAGGGGAAAACUGCAGAAUGCACACAGUAUCAGCAGAUACUGCACAGAAACCUAGUCUACCUGGCCACAAUAGCAGAUUCCAAUCAGAAUAUGCAGUCCUUGCUGCCUGCACCUCCGUCCCAGAACAUGAGCCAGAGUGGCGGGGGCCAAGGCUUACACUCCCAGGGCAACCUGAAUGAGAGCAUAUCCUCCAGCCUGCCAUCGAGCUCUCUCAUGCAGAGCCAGAUGAGCAACGGGCCGAACCACACCCCCAUGCAGACGGCGAGCCAGACAGCUCUGCCCUCCACUUCCAUGAGCCUUCCGGUGAGCAGCCAUGCCUCGGUUGCAGGAUACAGCCACGCUGUGCCGUCUUCGCAGGGUCUGCCCAUGCAGAGCCAGGGCCAGUCCAUGGGCAGCUACAGUUCCCGCGGCAACCUCAACAUGUCCUCCAGCCAAGCUACCAUGAUGCACCAGCAAGCGGCCACCUCCCAUUAUUCCUCUACUCAGACUGGAAGCCAACACUACCAGGGCCCCCAGUCCCUCAGCAUCCUGGGACAAGGUAACCAAGGAAGCAACAUGAUAGCUCAGAGACCAAUGGGAUCAUACCGAACUUCUCAACAAGGAUCUGCUCUGCAGUAUUCGGGACAGGACGAGUUCUACGGGGAGCAGUACGGACACGGCCAGAGCUCCAGCGAGCCCCUGAACCAGCAGUAUUACCCUGACGGACACGGAGAUUAUGCCUAUCAACAGUCAUCGUACAGCGAGCCCGGAUAUGAAAGGACAUUCGAUGAGUCCUCGCAGCACUACUACGAAGGAGGAAACAGUGCGCAGUACAGUCAGCAACAGGCGUCCUACCAACAGGGAUCGGGCCAACAGCAGCCGUUCAGCCAACAGCAGUACCCUACGCAGCAGAACUAUGGUGGUCAGCAGCAGGCCUAUGGCCCAGGGCAGGGCACCUCCUCCCAGUACUCCAGCUACCAGCAGGGUCAGGGACAGCAGUACAGCUCCUACCGUUCAUCGCAGGCUACCCCGAGCGGGCAGACACAGAGGCCAUACACCUAUGAACAGGGCCAGUAUGGAAACUACCAACAGUAAGGUGUCGAGGGCCCUGCAGCUCUUCCGCCAUCAUUUUGCCUCCACCCAUCUUGACAUUUCUGUACUUGUGGAUCCAACCGAUAGUGUGUGAUAGUGCUCAUAACUGGGAAGGUAUGGUAGCUCAAGGUGGAGCCUUCCGCGUCUCGUUUCCCUCCGUUUCCCAGGCCGAGCGAUGCCGAUUGGUUAAGUUAGACUCCCGUAACGCUGGGUCCCCCCUUUUCUCCAUGAGGUUCGCGGUGAUUGGUGGACAUGUCAGGAACACCAUAUGUGCUUUUGGAAUUAUUUAAAGACCGUACUUAAAACACCGCUGGUCUAUUACAGUUAAAAAAAUGAAAAGUGUGCUGCUACCUUGCACUCAAACAGC